AUGAAGGUCAAAAUAAAGCAGUGGAACGCGGUCGCAACGUGGAGAUGGGAUCUCCCAGAAGAUGAUGUCUGUGGUAUUUGUCAAGUUCAUUUCGAUGGAACAUGUCCUACUUGCAAAUAUCCCGGCGACGAUUGCAGCCUUCUAUCAGGCAAGUGUGGUCACAAUUUCCAUAUGCAUUGUAUCAUGGAAUGGAUAAAGCAAGACUCGGCUAAGGGGCAAUGCCCAAUGUGUCGACAGAAGUUUGAGUGGGAAACAGAAACAGGUGUAGCUCAACAAACAGCUGAAGAUGGCGAGUUAGACCUGAAUGAUGCCUAG